AUGACUGAACCAAAUGCGAACAGCAGUGAGGACAGGUACGGGAUUACUGAACCCGUCAGUGUCGAUGGCCCGGCGGAAGGCGACAGAGAGGCCACGGCAGAACUCCUGAAGUUCUUGCGCGCACAGAACCUGUACGAAACUGAAGAGGGGAAGCUCAAGAGAGAAAAGGUUUUAGAGGCGCUCAACCGCCUACUGCAGCAAUUCGUCCGGAAAAACGCAGCGCGACACCUAGGAAUACCGGACGACGAAGCUGCAAAAAUAUCAGCCAAACUCCUAACGUUCGGUUCAUACAGGCUUGGAAUUGUGGCUCCGGACAGCGAUAUCGAUUGCCUAUGUCUCUGCCCGCAGUCAGUCACCAGGGACGCUUUCUUCACCGACUUCUACAACCUACUCAAGCAAGUCAACCUAAUCACCAAAUUGCACGCCGUGCCCGACGCAUACACGCCAGUAAUCAAACUUACAUAUGAUGGCAUUGAUAUUGACUUGCUUUUCGCCAGCCUCCCGGCCUCAACCGUGCCCGAGGAAAUCGACGUCCUCGACGACGCAGUACUCAGAAACAUGAACGAACCCACCGCACGCAGCAUCAACGGAUGCAGAGUGGCAGCGCUCAUGUUAGCACUGGUACCCAACAAGGAAAACUUCAGGACGACGCUCAGAUACGUAAAACUCUGGGCCAACAGGAGAGGACUCUACACCACCGUCAUGGGAUACAUGGGUGGAGUAGCGUGGGCUAUUCUCACGGCACGGGUCUGCCAACUCUACCCUAACUUCCUCCCAAAUCAACUCAUACAAAAGUUCUUCAGAGUGUACGCGCAGUGGAAUUGGAAGUUCCCCGUCAUGCUCUGUAAGAUCAAGGAGGUGCCAAACCUCCCCGGAUACAUGGCAUUCAAAGUCUGGGAUCCCAGAAACAACCCAACCGACAGACAGCAUCUCAUGCCGGUCAUCACGCCUGCGUUCCCCUCAAUGAACUCCACGCACAACAUCACGCUCACCACCAAAAGGAUACUGACAGAGGAGUUCAAAAGGGCGCAUGAACUACUCAAAUCGCAAAGAAAGGCAUCCGAUAUGUCCAGGGUAUGGCAGCAGGUCCUUGAAAAGGAGGACAUGUUUGCUUCCCACAAGCACUUCCUCGUCAUCGAGGUGAUGGCAGCAACGGAACACAUACAUGGCAAGUGGGAAGGCUGGAUUGGCAGCCGGAUGCGCUUUUUGAUUAAAAAAUUGGAAGUCGUUCCAAGCAUCCUUGUCAGGCCGUGGCCGGAGUUCUUCAAGUACAAGCAUCACGAAUGGGACUACGCAUCAUGCGUGUUUUUCGGCUUCAAGUGCAAUGUAAGCGGCAAAGACACCACUACGGGCACGACGGAGCCCACCGCAAAAACAUUCGACAUGCGAAUGUCAAUCAAGGGCUUCAAGGAAAUCAUUAACGGGUGGACGGAAAUGGAAGCGUACAAAGACCAAAUCGCAGUCAACAUACGCUACCUCAAGAAUUCCCAGCUGCCGCAUUUCGUCAACCCGAGACAUAAACGAACCAUCGACGAGGUGGAUCGGCAUGCAGCCAGCGUUUAA